AAUGAAGAUUCCAAUGGGAAAGCUUCCACUCUCAAUCAUGGCCAUCAUAAUUUGCACAUUGGCCCUCACAAUUCUAAUAUUUGCAGAAGAUCUCACUUCAAUCACUGGUUUUCAGCUCAAAUCCUGCUCCAGGAAGCUCACAAUCACAAACUCCAAGGUUAUGGAGAAGGAAAAUACUACCGAAGAAGAUGACGAUUUCAUCGAUGAAGAUAAAAUAAAUUUUGAUCCUAAUGAAUGCAGAAUUGAGAAAGGAAGAUGGAUUUUCAAUGGCUCUGCAGAGCCAUUUUAUACUGAUAAGAGCUGUCCAUACUUAGACAAUCAAGUUACUUGCUUGAAGAAUGGAAGACAAGACAGUGAAUAUUUACAGUGGGAGUGGCAGCCUGAUGACUGUAUUUUACCAAGGUUUAAUGCUGCAGAUCUGCUUCAGAAACUCAGGGAAAAGAGAUUAAUGUUUGUUGGAGAUUCACUGCAGAGACAGCAAUGGCAGUCACUUGUGUGCAUGGUGGAGUCUGUUCUUCCAUCUGAUAAGAAGUCAAUGAAGCUCGAUCAAUCUCUUUCAGUUUUCAAGGCUGAGGAUUACAAUGCUACAAUUGAGUUCUAUUGGGCACCUUUCCUUGUUCAGUCCAAUUCAGAUGAAACUAUUAUUGCAGAAUCAAAAGAGAGAAUUUUAAGAGUAGAUUCGAUCCACAAACAUGCUCAGAAUUGGGUUGGGGUUGAUAUUUUAGUCUUUAAUAGUUAUGUUUGGUGGAUGAAUGGGCAUAGGAUGAAGGCUCUGUGGGGAUCAUUUGAAAACGGAGAGGAAGGAUAUGAAGAACUGGAAGCUGUUGUUGUUUACAGAAUGGCGAUAAAGACAUGGGCCAAUUGGAUAGAUUCCAGUUUGAACAAAAGCAGUACGAGGAUCUUUUUCGGCACAGCAUCUCCUACACACAUGAAGAGCGCAGAUUGGAAUCAGGAGAACGGGACUCACUGCCAUGACGAAAGGAGACCGGUGAUGCGGCCAGGAUACUGGGGAAGCGGCGCCGAUAAAAGGAUGAUGGAGGUGGUUUCCGGCAUAGUUGGGAGGAUGAAAGUCCCUGUAACCUUCAUCAAUAUAACACAGCUUUCCCAGUAUAGAAAAGAUGGUCAUGUAUCAGUUUAUACUGAGCCACAAGCUGGGAAUAUAACAGCAGAAGAGCAGGUUGUUUCAGAUAGAUAUGUGGACUGUAUUCACUGGUGUUUACCGGGAGUUCCGGAUACAUGGAACCAAAUUUUGUAUGCGUAUUUGUGAGGUAUAGUGGAAGUUAGUGGUUUCAUUUUUAAAAAAUAUAUAUUACGUGCAGAUAAGUUAUGCAUGUAUAGGCGCAAAUUUGGUGUUAUUUGAUGUUAUUAAGAUGAUAUUGUGGUGCAAUAUCACUACA